AUGGCGCCAGACAUCAACCAGAUAAACUGGUCGACUGAUGGCUACGCCAACAAUGGAGUUCCUCGCGGUGACUAUGAGAUUCCAGACAUCGUCCUAGGUGGACCGUACACGCGCAAGAUCCGCGUGUUGUCGAUUGGUGCUGGAGUCAGCGGGAUCUUGAAUGCAUAUCAUAUUCAAAAACAUCUCAAGAACGUCGAGCAUGUGAUUUAUGAGAAGAACGCUGAUAUUGGCGGCACCUGGUUGGAAAAUCGAUAUCCUGGUUGUGCCUGCGAUAUACCGAGCCAUGCAUACACAUAUCCGUUUGCGUUGAACCCUGACUGGCCCCGGUUCUUUUCCUAUUCUCCGGACAUCUGGAAGUAUCUGGACAAGGUGUGCGAGGUAUUCGACUUGAGAAAGUAUAUGAACUUCAACACUGAAGUGGUUGGAUGCUAUUGGCAGCAAAAGACUGGCGAAUGGCUGGUCAAGCUCAAACAGACGAAGCCGGAUGGAAGCACCCAUCUGUUCGAGGAUCGCUGCCAUAUACUCCUCCACGGCACUGGUAUCCUGAACAACUUCAAGUGGCCCGACAUCGAGGGCUUGGAAAAGUUCAAGGGGCGGAUCGUCCAUACUGCUCGUUGGCCCAAAGGCUACCAGGCCGAAGAAUGGAAGAAGGACCGUGUUGCCGUCAUUGGGUCUGGAGCUUCCAGCAUCCAGACUGUCCCGGCCAUGCAGCCUCACGCAAAGCACAUUGACGUGUUUGUCCGCACAGGUGUCUGGUUCGUUCAGAUCGCGAGCAACUUCGGCGCCAAUCACGAAUACACGCCUGAGCAAAAACAAGAGUACCGCGACCCCUACAAGAUCGUGGAACACGCAAAGUCCAUCGAAGACCAGGUCAAUGGCCUCUGGGGCACCUUCUACAAGAACUCCAAAGGCCAAGCUGAAGCCCAAGUGGCCUUGAAGAAGCGCAUGGCUGAAAUGGUCAAGGACGAGAGGUUGCUCAAGGGUUUCACUCCGACUUGGGGGGUGGGAUGCCGCCGUAUAACGCCUGGUGAUCCAUACAUCGAAGCAAUCCAAGAACCGAACGUAGCCGUACACUUCACGGCUGUCGAGAAGAUCGACGAGACCGGCCUCAUCGGCGGCGACGGUGUCCACCGGGAGGUCGACACGAUUGUGUGCGCGACAGGGUUUGACGUCUCAUACCGGCCGCGGUUCCCCAUCGUGGGCCAGGACGGCGUUGACUUGGCCGACAAAUGGAGAGUUUGUCCGGAGGGAUACCUAGGGCUCGCGAUCCCUGGGUUUCCCAACUUCCUGACGUUCAUCGGGCCCAACUGGCCGGUGGAGAAUGGCAGCGUGAUGGGCCCUCUGGAAUAUGUGUCGCAGUAUGCGCUGCAGCUGAUCCGCAAACUGCAAACCGAGUACAUCUGCAGCAUCUCGCCCAAGCAGGAGGUGACGGACGCGUUCAACGCGCACUGUCAGGAGUGGAUCAAGCACACCGUCUGGGUAGAAGAGUGUCGGUCAUGGUACAAGAACAACGAGACGGGGCGGGUCAACGCCGUCUGGCCCGGCUCGUCGCUGCACUACAUCGAAGCCAUCCGCCAGCCGCGCUACGAAGACUUCGACAUCGAAUACCUCGGCCCGGCCAAGAAGAACAUGUGGGCGUUCCUGGGCAUGGGCACGGUCCCGGCGCUGGUCAACAAAGAGGACGUCUCGCCGUACUUGAACGUCGAGAACCUCGAUCCCGAGUGGAUGGAGGCCGUCGGCAUCGACGCGGGCAAGCUGCACGAGGCCCCAUUGAAUCAUCUCAAGGCCAAGCACUCGGAGCAGGCCGAGAAGACCAAGAAGAGUGUCGACAAUGUCGCGGUCGCAUAG